CUCGUAGUCCUCCGCCAAGGUGAUGCCGAUUGGGAUCAUACCGGCGAUAACGCAUACUGCCUCCAUCGAAAUGGUUCUGUACGCACUCACGACUCGCAUGGCCAUGAGCCGGAACGUACUGCUCAAUUUCCUUUGGUUCUGCUUCGUUUUCAGCGCUUCAAUCCAGGCUGGACCUCCGUACCUUAGUAUUGAUGAGGAAACACUAGCCAGAAGACGUCUCUUGCUGCUGCUUGGACCAGAAUUGUUCGGCAUGAUUCUGGCUAUUGCGUUGAUGACCUUCGUCGCCUUCUCGCAAGCAUAUUCGAUGUGGCUAUUAAAGUUUAGCCGGUCGUCGAUCAUCACUCCCAGAUACUUAAGCAUGCGCUUCGAAGCAAUGGUGUGCUCUCCAACGGUAAUUUCUGCCCGCUGCACUGCUUUGCAGUUACUGACCAACAUCACUUCUGUUUUGUGGUGGGCUAUCUGCAGCUUCGCUCCUUGCAUCCAGUUACCAAUCGUAUCUAUCGCCUCAGCCGCCAACAUUUCCACUUCUUCCAGCGUCUCACCGGUUACACCUCCAGGGGUCAUCGAAGUCAAAGAGAGACAGACCGCGGCUUUUUUAAAGGAUCAGAUCAUGAUGGUGAUCCAAAGCUACGGCUUGACUGUUGAUCAGAUUUUUUCUGUAACGUGUGACAACGGUGCCAACAUGCUGGCUGCUGUGCGGCAGUUGAAGCAGGAGUUCGAAGCAAACUUUCUCACAGUAUACGAUGCCACCGACGAUCCGAAUGGAGUCAACAUAACGACUGAAGAAGAGGAUGGAAAACAACAGGAGUUGCUUACAGCGGCGUUGAGUGACCAACUGCAGGAGCAUCUGAAUCUUGUUCGCUGUGCAGUGCAUACGUUACAGUUAGCAAUUUUGGACGUAGUAAACAAAUCCAACGAAGAAGUGCAGAAACUGACGAAAGUGGCCAAAAAAUGCAGGUCGGUAAAAUACACAACGUUUUUUGAGCUACAUGGCGCUACCUAUCCUCCGGUCUGGGGGCAAACGCGUUGGGGUGGAAUUUAUGUAAUGAUUUUAAAGUUUUUGGAGCAGCGGCCAUUUUUCGAUCAACUUGCAGAGCAGUUUCAGGAGUUGGAUCUGUCUGACAGUUGGGAAUUCGCCGAAAAGUACGAGCAAGCUUUCAAACCGUUGUACGUAUUAACAAAAGACAUGCAGGCCGAGCAUGUAUCGUUAUCUGAUUUCUACCUGCAGUGGAUUAUUGCCACUCAAAAGGUCAAACAAACCGAGCCGAAUCCUUUCGCUGGUGUGCUGGUUGUUAGUAUGAAUAACCGUUUGCGGAACUUGCAAAACUCAAGGGCUUUUAAAAUGGCCCUUUAUCUAGAUCCGCGAUUGAACUACGCAGGUUCAAAGCUAUUCAGCAACGAGGAAAAAGAGGAGAUUCAAGCUUACAUCGUAGAGACCUGGAACAGGAUCCAUGAUAUUCGUUCCCUAAAAUCCAAAACCUCUUGUGAUCCGCCAUCAUCUAUUUCUCUGGAAGACGAAAACGAUAUCUUCAUCACUCAACUUUUUGGAAGCUCAACGGUAACCAUAGUUGCUGGUGAAGAAACUGGUUUCAUGCAGCAACUGAAGGCAGUGGAAGUUGAACCAAGACGAAGCUUCAAUUUUGAUCUAAGCUGGAGAUUUUGGAUGGACCGUAAGGGAACCCACCCUGAACUCAGUGCGGUGGUUUCCGUCGUGCUGGCCACACCGUCCAAUCAAGUGUCGGUUGAGCGAGCGGUCAGUGCUUUGGCCCUGAUUCUAACAAACACACGAUCGACACUUGGGGAAGACACUCUGCAAAACUUGUUGUUAGUGAAGCUCAACAAGGAAGUAUUCGACAAAAUUUUGCCUACUCCCGACCAACCAUUUCGUUAA